CCGCCGGAGCCCGCAGCUGCCCCGGAUCCAGUCCCGCGCGCCGCUUCCUGCGGCCGCCCCGCCUCUCCAUGGCCGUGCCUGGCGCGGGUCCUGCCGGGAAGGGAGCGGCGCGGCUCGGCCUCGCAGCCUGAGCGGCGGCAGCGCCGCCAUGUCCGGGGGCAGCAGCGCCGGCGAGUGGUGCCUCAUGGAGAGCGACCCGGGCGUCUUCACCGAGCUCAUCAAGGGCUUCGGCUGUAGAGGAGCACAAGUUGAAGAAAUAUGGAGUUUGGAGCCAGAGAACUUUGAAAAAUUGAAGCCAGUACAUGGGCUGAUUUUUCUCUUCAAGUGGCAGCCUGGAGAGGAGCCAGCAGGUUCUGUUGUCCAGGAUUCCAGACUGGAUACAAUAUUUUUCGCUAAGCAGGUCAUAAAUAAUGCCUGUGCAACUCAAGCCAUAGUAAGUGUGCUGUUAAACUGUGCUCAUCAAGACAUUCAUCUAGGAGAGACCUUGUCAGAAUUUAAAGAAUUUUCCCAAAGCUUUGAUGCUGCAAUGAAAGGUUUGGCACUGAGCAACUCAGAAGUGAUUCGGCAAGUUCACAACAGUUUUGCCAGACAACAGAUGUUUGAGUUUGAUGCAAAGUCUUCAGCAAAGGAAGAAGAUGCCUUUCACUUUGUAAGCUAUGUUCCUGUUAAUGGGAGACUAUAUGAGCUAGAUGGCUUAAGGGAAGGACCAAUUGAUUUAGGUGCAUGCCAUCAGGAUGAUUGGAUAAGUGCAGUGCGGCCCGUCAUAGAGAAGCGCAUACAAAAAUACAGUGAAGGUGAGAUAAGGUUUAACCUGAUGGCUAUUGUGUCUGACAGGAAGAUGAUAUAUGAGCAGAGGAUUGCAGAGCUACAGCAGCAACUGGCAGAGGAGGAGCCUAUGGAUACAGAUCAAAGUAGUAAUAUGUUAAGUUCUAUACAAUCAGAAGUUGCAAAAUACCAGAUGUUAAUUGAAGAAGAGAACCAAAAAUUAAAAAGAUAUAAGAUUGAAAAUAUUAGAAGAAAACAUAACUACCUGCCUUUCAUCAUGGAAUUGUUAAAGACUCUAGCAGAGCACCAGCAGUUAAUACCAUUAGUAGAAAAAGCGAAAGAAAAACAGAAUGCCAAGAAAGCUCAGGAGGCCAAAUGAAGAUGACUUUACAAAACACAUACAGUUACUUGCUUCUGAUACUAUUUUCAUGACAACAAAUAAAGCUUUUCAUAAACUUCAA